AUGUGUUUUGAGAAUGAGACACAGGUCACUCAGAUACGUCUCCUUGGGUUCCGGAGUCUACACAAGUACAGGACUCUUCUCUUCAUUGUGUUUCUCCUGACUUAUAUAUUUAUACUGGGAGGAAACCUUCUUAUUAUCCUUUUAGUCUCUGUUAUUGAUCACCUCAAAACCCCAAUGUAUUUCUUCCUAAAACACUUAUCCAUAGCCGACGUCUUACUGACCACCAGUAUCGUCCCUGUGAUGUUGUACAUAUUAAUUGUUGAGGAGGGUAUUUUGCCCUUUUGGGGCUGUAGCAUACAGUUGUUCUUAUUUGGUAUAUUUGGAUUUGUUCAAUGUUUCCUCGUUGCCGUCAUGUCCUAUGAUCGAUAUUUGGCCAUUUGCCACCCAUUACGUUAUUCUUCAUUGAUGAGUCCAGAUAUUAUCCUCCAGCUUGUUUUCUGGUCAUGGGUUUUAGUCAUUGUCUUAAUAUCCAGUGAGUUCCUUGUUGUUGUCCAGUUUAGAUUCUGUGGCUUGGACUACAUUGACCACUUCUUCUGUGACUUUGGUCCCAUAGUGGAAAUAGCCACUUCAGACACCUCCAUUUUGAUGUUGCAAGACUUUGUUAUUUCCAGCUUCAUAAUGUUUUUCCCAUUUACUUUCAUCAUUAUGACUUAUAUUAGAAUUUUAUUCACCAUACUCAAAAUUUCUUCCACUCGUGGUAGAAGAAAAGCCUUCUCCACGUGUAGCUCCCACCUGAUCACAGUUUGCACAUAUUAUGGGACCCUCAUCACAGUUUACAUGACUCCAUCUGAUGAGAACACAUCUUAUAUCAACAAAUACAGAUCUCUGUUGUACCUCGUGGUGACACCAUUGAUGAAUCCCAUCAUCUACAGCCUGAGGAACCAGGAGAUCAAGAGAGCUGUGCGAAAACUAAUUAUUAAUAUCCUUCAAAAUGAAUGUAAAGGAUGA